GAGAGGGAGAGGGAGAGGGAGAGGGAGAGAGGGGAGGAGGCGGACGUUCUGUAGCAGCAGGUUUGUGAGCGCAGAAGCCGGAGGAGGAAUCAGAGCGAAAUAAACAGUGUGGCUGCAGUGAGGAAGGAGAGACACAUAGAGAGAGAGAAGGACAGAGAGACAGAGAGAACGGCAUCACCUUUUUGCUGACCCAUGAAAGAAGCCAUGCCGGUCCUCUCAGCAGGCACAGGCCUGCACGAGACACUGGCCCUGCUGACGUCCCAGCUGCGUCCUGAUGCCAACCACAAGGAGGACAUGGUCUUCCUCAAAGACAUCUUCAGUGAGAAGAGCCUGGGUUACCUCAUGAAGAUCCAUGAGAAGCUGAGACAGUACGAGCGCCAGAGUCCUACACCUGUCCUUCACAGCGCUGCCUCUUUGGCUGAGGAUGUGGCAGAGGAGCUACAGAGUGGACCAAUGAGUGUUGAGGAGAAAGAACUCCUACAGCUGUUGACAUCCCCCCAUCUCAAGGCAGUUUUGUCCGUUCAUGACACGGUGGCCCAGAAGAACUUUGACCCCGUGUUGCCACCGCUGCCUGACGACUUCGAGGACGAGCUGGAGGAGGAGUCAGUGAAGAUCGUCAGACUGGUCAAGAACAAGGAACCACUGGGGGCCACCAUCAGACGGGAUGAGACCACAGGGUCUGUGAUCGUGGCCCGCAUCAUGAGGGGCGGGGCUGCAGACCGGAGUGGACUGGUCCAUGUAGGAGACGAACUACGGGAGGUCAACGGCAUCUCCAUCAUUCACAAGAGACCUGAUGAGAUCAGUCAGCUUCUGUCCCAGUCUCAGGGCUCCAUCACCCUGAAGAUAAUCCCAGCCAUUAAGGAGGAGGACCGUCUGAAGGAGAGCAAGGUCUACAUGAGGGCCCUGUUUGACUACAUCCCUGCUGAUGACAAGGCCACGCCCUGUCAGGAGGCAGGACUUCCCUUCAAGCGAGGUGACAUCCUGCAGGUGGUAACCCAGGAUGACCCCACCUGGUGGCAGGCCAAACGGGUGGGCGACAGCAACCUCCGUGCUGGACUCAUCCCCUCCAAACUCUUCCAGGAGAGACGGCUGGCCUACCGGAUCAAAAUGAGCACACUUCCGAACCCUAAAUCCCCUAAAAAUCCUACCUAUGACCAGGGAUGUGACAAAGAGGACUGUGACUGUGAGGGCUAUUUCAAUGGACAGUACAUAGGCACGUUUUGCUGCUUGUUUCACCCUGUGUGGAGACUGAGGCGCGAGGCUGGGUUGUGUGACGCUCUAACGCCAGUUAUAGUCUCUCCUAAGUGUAAAGCAGUGGCGCCCUCCUGUGGCCAGGUGUUUUCCUGGGAAUUUUAUUCAGCCGGUCUGAGGAGGAGUUUCCGUCUGAGCCGAAAGGACCGGUCAGGAUCCCUCGGAGGAGGGGCCACUCCCGACCCCACCGACCCAGACUUCGCUACCUACGAGGAGGUGACCCGCUACCAGCACAGGCCCAAUGAGAGACCCCGCCUGGUGGUCCUGAUAGGUUCCCUUGGAGCUCGUAUCAAUGAGCUGAAACAGAAGGUGAUAGCAGAGAACCCACAUCGCUAUGCUGUGGCCGUACCACAUACCACCAGGCCCAAGAAGCCUCAUGAGAAGGAGGGGGUGGAGUACCACUUUGUCACCAAACAGGCGUUUGAUGCAGACGCUCUGAGCAACAAGUUCAUAGAGCAUGGAGAGUACAAGGAGAACCAGUAUGGUACCAGUAUAGAGGCCAUCCGCUCUGUACAGGCCAAGAACAAGAUGUGCCUAGUGGACGUUCAGCCAGAGGCUCUGAAGACACUGCGGACAUCUGAGUUCAAACCCUAUGUCAUCUUCGUCAAGCCGCGCGUCCCGGAGAGCAGAUGCCGUCGUAGUGCUGCCACCUCACCAGCAGGGGGAGACCAUGGGCGAGUGACGGAUGAGGACCUGCAGGAAAUGCGUCAGUCGGCGCAGCAGAUGGACCAGCAGUACGGCCACCUGGUCGACCGGGUCCUAAUCAAGGAGGACUCAGCCAGCGCCUGCACAGAACUACGAGGCAUUCUGGAGCGGCUGGAGCGUGAGACCUUCUGGGUGCCCCUCUGUUGGGUCCGGAACUAACCCCCCUCUCCCCAACCACCACCCUCAAGAGGGGGGAUCACAGCCCCCCAGCCCUUCCUCCAGCAGGACCCCUACCCUACCCCCUCCCCUUCAGCCCUUUCCUGAUCUCCUGGACCCCUUCCCCGUGGCUCCAUGGGCCAGCAUGUGGGGUGUGGAGGAUACUGCCCCAAACCCUGGCCUGAUACCUGAUGCUGGGCCAGCCUCACUGGCACUAGGGGAGAAGGGCAUGCGGCAAACCCUUUGGAACAUAUCUGUGUUUGGGAUGUUCAGAGGGAAAGACUGUUGUCCUGGCUAAAAACCUGGCUGACUCCACACACACACACACAUAUACAGUACAUGCAAUCCAUUGUUCAAAUUAAUAUGUUUUUCAUAUAUUCAUUCAAGUUUUUUUUUUAUUAUUUACGUCAGCCAGUCAGCCAGUCAGCCAGUCAGUCAGUCAGUCAGUCAGU